AUGGACAAGGAGGUGAGGGAUGAUAUAACAAUAGAUGUGGACGAGUUUCUCGACCAGGAUAUGCAGGACUGGUACGCAAAACGGGUGUUCCGUACAAACGAGGCUACCUUCUUUUUGGACCCCCUGGAACCGCGAAGUCCAGCUUCAGCUUCAAUUGUCGAUCUCACCGCCGAGGAAUGA